GGCGGUCGCGGAAAGGGUUACUUCAAGAACUCGUCGAUGAAAGGAGGCGUUCAGUUGACGAAAGACAAGCAAAAAGUGACGGAAAUUUGUGCCAAAAUGUUGAACGACUUCCUAAUCACCGCUCAAACGACCAAAAGUGGAGUUCUUGUGAAUAAAGUGAUGAUCGGAGAGGCGCUCGACAUUAAGAAAGAGUUUUAUUUGGCUAUACUUCUGGAUCGGGCGAGCGGUGGACCAGUCAUAGUGGCCUCACAAGAGGGCGGUGUCGACAUCGAACAGGUGGCCGAGAAAACUCCCGACGCUAUCCAUAAAUUCCCGAUUCCUAUUGAUUCCAACGCCGAAGAUCUUGACAUAGAGUUGGCUAAAAAAGUAGCCAAAAGUGGUUUAGGUUUGAGUGGAAAUCUUGCUGAAGACGCGGCCCAACAGAUCAGCCGAUUAUAUAAAAUGUUCAUAAAAUUAGACGCUCUUCAGGUGGAGAUCAAUCCAUUCGGUAUCACAACGAAGGACUCAUUGGUCUACGCUCUUCAGGUGGAGAUCAAUCCAUUCGGUAUCACAACGAAGGACUCAUUGGUCUGUUUUGACGCCAAAAUCAAUUUCGACGAAAACGCGUCGUUUAGACACCAAUGGAUGAAACAAAUUGAAAACGAAAACUCGGCCGAAGAGGACCCGAGAGACCGAUUGGCGCGCGAUUACAACUUGAACUUUGUGCCGAUGGACGGCAACAUCGCGUGUCUCGUGAACGGCGCCGGUCUGGCAAUGGCUACGAUGGAUAUCAUCCAUCAUUACGGCGGAAGUCCGGCCAACUUUCUGGACGUCGGCGGGUCUGUCAAUCAGUUGGGAGUCGAGAAUGCAUUCCGUUUGAUAACCGCUGACCCAAAAGUUCGCGCGAUUUUAGUCAAUAUUUUUGGUGGUAUUGUUAACUGCGAGACCAUCGCUAAGGGACUCAUUGCCGCCCGAAGUCUCGUCAAAGUGCCGCUUAUAUCCACCAUCGCUAAGGGACUCAUUGCCGCCCGAAGUCUCGUCAAAGUGCCGCUUAUCGUACGACUCGAGGGAACCAAUUCCGAGACGGCCAGAGCUCUUCUCAGCGAAGUCUCUGAUAUCAUAUCGGCUACAGAUCUGGACGACGCGGCGCAGAAGGCGGUCAAAUCGGUGACCAUUUAA